GGGUCGCCAGUACUUUACUCCCCCGCACCUCGUGGUGAUUGUGAAAAUUGUUGUGUCAUGAGAGAAGCGAAGGACAUCAAAUUUUUUCUUUUCACUCGUGACAACCCAAAAACAGGAAAACAAAUUUAUAUGUCAGAUGAAAAACGACUGAAAAGUUUAAACAAAACUCUCCCGCUGAUAUUAUAUAUUCACGGAUUUUCAGAGAGCGCACCAGGAACUCCAAAAAGCAGUAGCUAUGAAAUACGAGAUGCUUUAUUAGAUUCUGGUGAAUAUUCGGUGAUCCUCGUAGAUUGGAGUCCAAUAGCUGCAUUGCCAUGGUAUUCGAAUACCGUUGAAAACACUCCACGAGUUGGUCGAUAUGUCGCAAGAUUCUUAAAGUUCUUAAUAAAAUAUGGAAUUCCUUCGGAAAACAUCCAUGUCAUAGGAUUUAGUUUAGGGGCGGAAGUUGCAGGUUUUGCUGGAAAAACUUUAAAAGAGAGGGGAAUACUUUUACCUCGAAUAACAGGAUUAGAUCCAGCAAUGCCACUGUUUACGGGUGGUGAUACGAACACACAUUUAUCAGCAGGCGAUGCCAAAUUUGUGGACGUCAUCCACACAGACGGUGGAUUUUUUGGCAUUCCUUAUCCAAUUGGGCAUGUUGAUUUCUUUCCUAACAAUGGAGUCGCCCUUCAACCGGGCUGUGUUCAAGAAGAGCUUUCGAAAAAUAAUUUACUCGGCAUAGUUGUUGGCUGUAGUCACGUUCGUGCGUGGCAAUAUUUUGUUGAAUCUAUUAGACGCCCUAUGGCUUUUCUCAGCGAUAGAUGUGAACAGACAAACAAUGAAUCCAAAGAAUGUUUACAAUCGAUUGAAGCUUAUAUGGGAUUUAAAGCCGAUCGACGUCUUCGAGGAAAGUUCUACUUGACGACAAAUGCAGUUGCGCCAUUCGGAAGAAAUUUUCCUAUUUAAACUAAUGUUUUUGACUGCUGCGUCUAUAAUGCAUUGCUUCAUUAUGAUUUUUUACAGUAUGUGAAUAUCUUCAACCCACCCUUUUAUAUAAAUCUUGAUUAAAGAGACCCAAAAGUAUUAAACAAAUUUAUUUAACUGUUCUGGAUUUUUGCCAAUCAUUUUCAAAAUAUAAAUCAUUGCUAUGUUAUGCAAUCAUAUUUCUAACUCAGGUUUUGCAAGAACGAGCUUUCAAAAGGAUAUAAUUUAAGUGAACAUAAAGACAAA